AGAGGAACCAGCGGCUCCCGGUGGAUACAAACCGUUUCACUGCGGACAGAAAACAAGUCGGAACAGUUUAAACCUCGUUAGUUUCAACUGGGGAGCAACUCGACACAUUAUGCUGGCGUAAAAUGUAGCCAACACUUUGCAGUGAAAUUCGUCUUUGUAAUUAUAAUACAGGCGCAUUAUGUAGUUUCAAACAACCUCAUUAAAAAAACGUUUUUAAUAUAUCAAAAUGCAACCGUAAAGCUGCUGUUUGUCGAGGUGGAAGUUAAUUUUCAGUCAACAAUUCCUGUCAAGAUGGAAAGCAUCGCUCCUUAAGACUACAGGACGACAUGGGGAAAUGGGAGUUAACAAUGAACCCAGUGCAGGAGUGGGGUGAGGAGUUCGAGAAUGGGGCGGUUUAUGGGGUCACUCUGCGCCGAGAGCCCGUCCCGUCCUCCCCCAACCCCGGUGAGAAGAGUCCAUGCUGUGCUUUUGUGCAGUACCGAACCUGCAAGGUGCUGCGUCUGAAGGCCGCUUCUCUGGACCUCCUUGUGAAUCACCUCCUCAACCCAGGCUACCAGGAGCAGGACUACGGGAGGAUCUUCCUCUCCACAUACAGAACCUUCACCGGCACCUCAGAGCUCCUAGAGAUGCUCUUCCAGAGAGACAAUGCUGCCUCAGAUCUGGACAACAGUGAAUGCUACAGGAGCCCUCUGUUGGCCUUUGUCCAGACAUGGUUGGAUGAGUACAGUGAGGACUUCAGGGAUCCUCCCCUGCACCCAACACUCAGGUUGCUGUUGGAUCACCUGAGGAUCAGCUCUGCAGUUCACGACAACAUGCGUAGCCAGCCUAACUUUAGCUCGCUGGCUGGGCAAGCUGAGGCGCUGCUCAGGACGUUCCAGAAAGAAGAAGGUGAGACAAACCUGAGUGGCGCCCAGGCAGAUCUGGAGCAAGAGGAGUGUUCUGAUGAUGAGGAUUCAGGAUGUGAAAACUCUCUGGAUCAAAGUGGCUUCAUGGAUUUCUCCACAACAGCCAUUGCUCAACAGCUCACCCGAAUGGACUCUGCUCUGUUUGUGAAAGUGGUGCCAUACCAGUGUCUGGGCUGUGUGUGGUCGCAAAGGGACAAGAAGGAAAACAUGUCUCCCACCAUCCGAGCCACCAUUGCGCAGUUCAACGCCGUUACCAACCAGGUCAUCAUGUCCCUGCUCUGCUGGCCGACAGACGCCACCUCCAGUCCCACUUCCCCCGGCCGCCCCCCCACUACACCAGCUCAGAGGGCCCGCAUCAUAGAGAAGUGGAUCAGAGUAGCUCAGGAUUGCCGUCUCUUGAAGAACUUCUCCUCUCUCAAGGCGAUCCUGUCGGCCCUGCAGUCCAAUGCAGUGUACCGGCUGAGAAAGACCUGGGCUGCUGUAAGCAGGGAGUGCAUGUCCAUGUUUGAUAAUCUCUGGGAAACCUUCCCUGAUGAGAACUGUGUUCUGACCAACAGAGAGCUCCUGGUGGAGGAAGGAGGCCAAGUGACUGUGGAUAACAUUUCUCCAAAGAUAUCCAAGCGGUGUCCGAUGCCCAGACAGAUGAGCACCUCCAGUGGAGUGGUUCCUUACCUGGGCACCUACCUGACCGUCCUCACCAUGCUGGACACGGCUCUGCCAGACACCAUGGAGGGUGGGCUCAUAAACUUUGAGAAGAGGAGGAGGGAGUUUGAGGUUCUGUCACAGAUCCGUAUGCUGCAGGCGUCCUGCUCCCUGUACACUCUUCCUCAGCACCCUAGAAUAGCUGCCUGGCUGCAAGGACACAAGCUGCUCACUGACCAGAAGAGCUAUGAACUGUCGAGGCAGCUGGAACCUCCUGUGGACUUGUGUUCUCCGACUCCCUGGAGCCACCGUACACUCACAAAGAAACUCUCCUCUCUCUUGACAGUGAGCGAUGGCUUUAAAAAAGUCCCUGCGGACCAGAUCAGCGUCUCAUCUUCUGGAUCCAGUGGAUCGGAGAUGGAGGAUCUCUCCUCCCCAAACUCAGCCUGCUCCAUCAGACUGCAGUGCUUUCACAGCUCUUGCAACAACGUUUCUGAGUCCUUCUCUUCCUCCUUGUCUUGCUCGUCAUCGUCCUCCCCGUGCUCCUCCGCGGUCUCCUCCCCCGACUCCCCCACUCUGUCCAGCUCCUCCUCUGACUGUCAGACGGAUCUCAGCUCUCCAGCCUCGUCCUGUGGCGGCGCUCGGCCGAAGCCCACUCUGGCCUCCCACCACAAGCGAUCUGUGUCCAUGACCUCCCUGCCCCUGUACAACCGUCAGGUGGCUGACUCCUGUAUAGUCCGGGUCAGCGUGGACCUGGGCCAAAACAACGGCAACAUGUACAAAAGCAUCCUGUUGACCAGUCAGGACAAAACUGCCCAGGUGAUUCAGAGGGCACUGGAGAAGCAUCACCUGGAGCACAUGAACUGGCAGGACUUCAGCCUGAGCCAGGUCAUCUCCCAGGACAGAGAGCUGCUCAUACCGGACAAAGCCAACGUUUUCUACGCCAUGUCCACAACGGCAAACUUUGACUUUGUUUUGCGGCAGUUCUCCAAAGGCCAGAAGAAACCGCUGAAGGCCACGUCCAGUCUGGGGCGCUACACAAAGAAACAGCUCUAGUCUACAAACCCUGAACCUGGAUGAGCUCACUGGACUCUGUCUUGAAAAUGUUAUGAUUACUGACAAGAUGACGCAAAAGCACUUUAUGAAGAAGAACAGAAACGGUUGGAGCCUAAAGAAACAUCUGGAUCAGACAUGCUUUUAUUUCCUGUCAUAAUAAAAUAGAUGUGAAUCCUACAAAAAGAACCCAUUCCUUGACUUUAUCCCAAAUUCUCACAUGCUUUAAGUGCAUGGGAGCAAGUGGUUGACUCCAGCUCUGAGACUGAUGUUAGACGUCAACACGUGCCCCAUACAUGAACAUUUAGAUAUGCCUGGCCAGCUCCCAACACAGCUGGCUGCCAUUAAUAUCCUGUGAUAAAAAGGGAAUGUCUGUCAGCUGCAGUGUGAAGGACGUGCAGCUGAUAAUGAACUCCUGACGCCCCUCAGCAGGUUGUCAGACACUCGAGAUGAGAUCACCCAGCGUGCCGUGCCAUCUGACGAGUGUGGGAGGGUUCUCGCCACAGAUCGCCAUGUAACCGGGGAGUUUCUGCUCCUGCGGCGUUGCUGUGAUACUCAUCGUGUGACGCUAGCAGCCCCGACUGGAAGGAUGGCAUUCCUGAGCCGGGGUAACCAUGGCAGCAGCAGAGACUUUGAUGGACAGGAUGUACAAAUCUCUAUCUCGAUGAGAUAGGGUUGUGUGUGCUUUCAGUGUUAGUCAGUGCAAUGAAGUUUUGAUCUUUUUUCUAAUGUAAUGUAUUUAUUUGCACCCUGGUUCACUUUAAUCGCACCUUUGUUUGAUUUUCACGUUGUGAUGACUCACUCUGUUCACUGCAAAAAAGGUCUGUCUAAAAACAAGAUAAAACACUAAAUCUGAGGGAAAUGAUCUUGCUGCAUGGACAGAUAAUUUAACUGGACAUGAUUUCUUAAAUUAAGAUUAUUAAAUCUAGAAAUAAGCAUGUUGUAUGCUUAAAAUAAGAAAUUAACUCUUAAAACAAGAUGAAUUAAAGCUGCAAGCAGCGAUGAACUGGCCCGAGCAGAGUGCACUGACAAUUAUUUGUUUCUUACCAAGAUAAAAAAAACUUUAGAUUUAGAAGUGUUACAUAAUUUAUCUAAUUUAUUUAUAAUUUCACUUGACAAUAUUUCUUAAAUUAAGAUUAUUAAAUCUAGAAAUGAGCGUGUUGUACGCUUAAAAUGAGAAAUUAACUCUUAAAACAAGAUAAAUUAAAUGCUAAUUAUUUGUUUCUUACCAAGAUAAAAAAUAAAAAAACUUUAGAUUUAGAAUUUAGAUUUAGUUAGAUAAUUUAUCUUGUUUUUAGAAACCCCUUUUUUGCAGUGUGGUUUUUAAGUUGUCUCUUGUCUGGUAGGAACAUUAGAAAAAAUAUCAAAACAGACUUUAGUUUUAAACUGCUUUAAUUUUAGAGAUGUCUUAUUUCCUGAUGAAUAUUUAAAAUGACAAUAAGAUUAUUUUAAAUUUUAAGAAUGAGGUUUUUUUUUUUUUUACUUAAAUUGUAUGUAAUUAAUUUGGUUCAGACUUGUGAAGCCUGGAUGUAACUGGUGCUUAAAUGGCUUGAUUUAAAGCUUUUGGAGGAGUUUAGAUGUAAUCAUUUCAAUGACGUCAACUGACACAAAGACUCUUGUGACAUAGCUGAUAAUGAUCAUAUUUCAUGCAGUGAACGCUCUAGGGAGUAUUUGCAAAGAGGAUAAAUUACACACUGUACGGUGAAAUCACAAGUUUUUAUCACUCUGAAUCCCCCUGGUGUGUGUGGGAGUCCAGAGCCUUGCUGAAAGGUCGAGGAAGCUGUCGAGGAAAGAAACCGACGUCUCACUCACCUCUUCAGUCUACACUCUCUGCACACAUCUUUGAAACGCUAAACACUUUUUGUACACUCUUGGGAUUAAUGAAGAGAAUGUUACAGUUUAAAACAAAAUGGAAUUACCAGUUCAAUAAAAAAUACAAUAAAAUUGGAUCAAUAUGUAUUUCCACACUGUAUUGAUGACUUCCUAAUAAACACUUUUCUGUCCUA